AUGCACGCGAUUGCUCCUCACACACUCUCGCAACAAAGCCGAAAUUCGACGCAGAAAAGGAAGUUCGCGCUGCUGUUAUUGCUCUUGUUUUUGUUGGUCGUUGUUUUCGGUGGGUUCAUCGUCUUUACUAGUACUACUACUACGAAUACCAUCGGCGAUAAAAAUGGAUUAUUCGUAACGGAAUUGGAACACCAAGAGGACGAGAGAAGGACGACGACUUUGACGAUAAAGAAGAAGAGGAAAGCGAAAGAACGACAGUACGACGAAAACGUGGCGAAGGAGCACGUGCCAAUAUCGAAGAAAGGAGGAGAUUUUGAUCCGAACGAGUAUUUUAUUCACUGUAAUCGAAGCAAAACGGAGGAGGAUGGAGCAGCUUCUUUAGGAGUGGAAAAAUCCUCAGGAUUUAGUAGUAAUAGUAAAGAUGCAUCGUCUUCUUCGAUGUUAUAUCAAUACGACGCGAGGAAAGACGUGAAACACAUAGUCAACGCGAUCCACGAAGCGACUUUAAACAAAGACCCGUUUAAAUCGGCAUAUUUCUGCGAUAUUUUACCGGAAGAUUUAUACGACGAUAUGAACGCGUAUUUCCCUCCGGCGUACGCGUUAAUGAAAGACCAGAGAGCGAACGCCGGGCAAGUCGGGAGGAAAGACGCGGAUAAGAGGUACAAGUGUUCCGCGUUUGAUAUUUUGAAACUGAGAGACGAGAAGAAGUGGGGGAAAGUAUUGAGAGCGAAGAAAGUCUGGGAGAGAGCGACGAAAGCGUUGUACUCGCCGAGCGUGAAGUUGGCGUUGUUUAUGAAGUUUAAGAUUAGUAAGAAACCGGCGUCGAGAGAUUUUCGCGUCCAAAGCGACGCCGGAGGAUUUAGCAUAGGAACGCAUCCGGAUAACAGGAAGAAAAUUUUAACGUUUCAGUUGUAUUUACCGCAAGAUGCGAACGAGGAAAGUUCGGUGUAUACGUACGGCACGUGUUUGCAUACUCCGGAGCAACACAAACUGAGAGACAAAAUUGACGGAUCGGCGCCGUGCGAAAAGAAGAUGGCGUUUGUCGCGAACACAGCGUACGCGUUUCCGGUGACGCGAUCGUCGUUUCAUUCCGUGGAAAAAGUUGUGGGGAAAUCGAAAGGUGCCAGAAAAACAAUCAUGUUGAAUUGGUACACGCACGUGAUGGACGGCGCGCAGAGUAUGGGCGGCGGUCUGCUCUCGUUACUCGCCGGUUGA